GUGAAUAUUAUUCUCAAACACGUUACCCUUAGACUGAUAGUUUAUCAUCUAAUUUAGCAUAAUAUGAAUUUAAAUGUACGAGUUUUCUUUGUUUUUUUGUUAGAAUUCGUAACACAAAUCCUAAUUAAGAAUAUUCCGUACGCAGAAAAAACAAUAAAAUAUGGCAGUAUAAAAAGUAAUGGUUUUUGGAGGGAUUCUCCUUUUUUUUCAAAAAUGAAAUUGUUUACUGUGACACUCUUUGCUAUUUUUCUUUUAACAUUUAUGGUCAUAUUAGUUGCACCACAAGACGAUUCUCAGUCAACAGAUGAUGGCUCUUCAGACUCUUCAGAUAGUAGUCCUUCAGAUAACCCGGUAGAAUUACCAACAGAUUCAACAGUUAGCCAGUCAGUUCCAACAAGGAGUCAAUCAACAUCAACACCUUCAAAUACACCUUCAAAUACUCCGCCGGUUGCAGGAUUUCCCUCUAGUCAACCUUCACCAAGUUCUGGAACUCAGACACCCUCACCAUCAUUUGUACCAAGACCUACUGUUAUAUCUCAAGGAGAUGGUGUUUCUAUUAAUAAAUCUUUUAGUUUCGUUAGCAUAUUAUUUUUCAUUACUAGUAUCAUUUUCAUUCAAUUUUACUAAAAAAAAACUCUUGCAUUUUAAUAUUUUUAAUAUAAACAAUAAAAGUUACAUAUAAUAAUCUUAAUA